UCCAUACAUACAUGCUCUGGCUCUGGGUGCACUUCGCGGCGGCUUCAACUUCUUUCUAACCAUUCCACCCGCACCAUCCUCAUAGACUUAUUAUUGAGAACAUUCUAAUUAAUCUUUUGCGAGUGAUAGACGAUCGCCGCCGCCAUUGAACCGCUGACAAGAGUUAAGCCCUGUGGGAACCGCACCACCUCCUUGCAAGAGGGCACACGUCGCUGGCCCACCAAGACCCCGGCGGCGACCAAAUCUGCUGAGCUGACACGGCGCUGCGUUGUGUCACCGCGGGGGCACGACUUACCACACGAUUGGCAACUGGUGGCUUACUCAGGCGAGAUGAGUCAGCUGUGGACGAACACACGGGAGGAAAAGCCGAUCCUUGACUAGCGAACGGAUGAGAUCGAUCGAACGCCCGGGAAAGCUCAAGCACGACCUUCGCUGCAGACGGGACAGUUCGAUCAUCAAAAGGUCACCGUCGUCUUACCCGUCUUCUCUUUCCCCCGACGUCGUCCAGAUAUUCUUCUUUCGUCGUUUUCUAUUCCGUUUCCUGUGGUGUACCCUCGAGUGGUUUCGCAUGCACACGUUGGGCGAUGAUACCUUCCUACCUUCGGUUUUUGAUGGGAUCUGGUUCCCGGCCGGUAGAGGGCUCUCUGAGCCACAACGAACGGGUACGAGCGUGCACUUGGGUGGAUUAUCUCGGAGAGACUUCUUGGUGGAUCUGAUGAUAUUAUGCUAUUUUUCCCUCCUGCCUUUCCUUGCUUUUGGAGGGGUUAUGAUGUCGAUGAAAAGAUUUUAUGAUGAUGUAACGUCAUGUACCUGCAAUGAAAUGAUUCACUAUUUUAUGGUUUUCUUUCGGUCUAGUCAACAGGAGUAUAGACGCUGCCUUCUGCGUGAUGACAGCCUCGCUUGUGCCCCCUUUUGUAAGGUAUAUAUGUUCACCGUCAACAAACGCCUUUCCGUCCCACCAUUGCUCAAGGACACCCCGACGACUGGCUGGGUAUUGGUGGUUGAUCCGGAGAGUUUCGGGAUGCCCUCCACUAUCACAGUCGGCUCAAUCGAGAAUUAGGAGGAUCGCAGGCCCGCCUGUCUGUAACUUAAGAGGGCGAUACCGGCUCGACCCCCUUCUAAUGUUGAGGUCACCGCAACCAGCACACCAGUUGAUUGAUUGCUCAGCCUCCUAAACCGAACCGGCCCUCGUAUUGUACAAGCAUCGAGGUAUGC